AGCAUGUGACAUAUCAUGAUAAUUGAACACAAGUAUUUGAUUCCCUAUGCUAAGGUGGAGGCCUCUAUCCAGUCAGUGUGUGCAGGAGAUGGGUGUGAAGAGGAUGAGCUGUAUGAUGUUCUACAGGAGAUAAUGAUUACCAUGUAUCUGUAUGAUGUUCUACAGGAGAUAAUGAUUACCAUGUACCUGUACCUACAGGUGGAGGCCUCUAUCCAGUGUGUAUGUGCAGGAGAUAGUUGUGAGGAGAAUGAGCUGUAUGAUGUUCUACAGGAGAUAAUGAUUACCAUGUAUCUGUAUGAUGUUCUACAGGAGAUAAUGAUUACCCUGUACCUGUACCUACAGGUGGAGGCCUCCAUCCAGUGCGUGUGUGCAGGAGAUGGUUGUGAGGAGGAUGAGCUGUAUGAUGUACUACAGGAGAUGGACAGGAGGUACUUCCUCCUACAGGACCUGAAGUGGGAGUUCAGCCUGUUGGACCAUGGGCACACUGACUCUGUAACACCUGAUCAAGCCAGAUUUAUGUUUGAGGCUGUACACGGCAGCCUGUUCUCCAAGAGGAAGUGGCAGCAGUUUCUGCAGUCCCGUAAACUCCCGGACAGCGGCGUGAGUUUCUCCGAGAUCGAGGUGGACCUGUGUAACAUCCCCAACAGAGAGGAGGUACUCAAGGAAAAACUGGAGGAGGAACAACAAGCACAGGAGAAAUUCAGACGUCGGGAAGAACAAAGGUCUGCACAGAAGAAGAGAGAAGACGAUGAGAGGAAAAAGAGAGAAGCUGAAGAAUUGAAAAAAAGGAAAGAAGAAGAAAAUAGGAAGAAGGAGGAGGAGAGAAAUAUGAAGCAGAAAGAAGAAGAGAAGAUAAAAGAAAAGAAGAAGCUGGAAGAAGAGAAAGAAAGAGAAGAAAAAGAGAAAAAACGUCUGGAAGCAGAGAAGGAAAAGCAGAGGUUAGAAGAACAGAGGAGGUUGGAAGAGGAGGAGGGUCGGCGCCAGGCAGAGCUAAUUGAGGUGAAAAGGGCACAGGAGAUCCAGCUCAAACUGGAGGCUGAAGCCCAGGCCAGACAGGAACAGAGAAGUAAGGAGUUAGAGGAGGCCAAGGAUGCUGAGGUGGCUGCUAAGGAAGCAGAGGAGGCUGAGAACAAGGCUAAGAAGGAGGCAGAAGAGGCCAUGGAAGCUGCCAAGAAGGCAAAAACUGCAGAGGAGAAAGAAGCUGCUGAAAAGGCCAGGAAGAAGGCUGAGGAUAAAGCCAAAGCUGAGCGAGAGUCCCGCAUCAGGAACAACCUCAAGGUCGCGGUCAAGUCCAAGGAGAAGAAGAAGUUGGAGACGGCCAUACAGGAGUUCAAGAAGGCCAAGUUGAAGGACACAGACGGAGACUUGGCCGCAGCAGAGAGGCUAAUUAGGAUGCACCAGGCUAAGGGAGCUCUUGUUGAUGCCAUGAAGAAGAGGAAACUGCCGGACCUGGAGAAGGCUGUGACUGCAGUGAAGAAGGGAGGGUUUGAGGUGGACAUGCCUGAGGAAAUGAUACAAGCAAACAAACUCAUGGUUCGACUGAAGAGACUGGAGCGACUUCGCCAGGAGGUUCAGAACCUGAAACAGUCGACCGUGGCGGAGAUCCGCAGUUACUCCAAACCACCCGCCGCCGUCCACCAGGUCAUGAUCGCCACCUAUCUGUUGCUAGGCAACCCGGAGAAGGAGACAAAGAACUGGAAGCUUAUCCAAGCACUCGUUGGUAAGACCGGGAAGGAUGGGCUGAAGCGGCGAGUCCUGGAGUGCGAUCCCAUGAAGGUCCCGCCGGCGGCCGCGGCGCGAGCGAAAGAAAUCCUGGACCAGUUCGAUCUGGAUUCUGUCCGAGAUGUCAGUGGGGGGGCAGCAACCUUCUAUGUAUGGGCUGUUGGAGUGAUUGAAGAAGUAGAGGAGGAAAAGGAGAGAGGUCAAGAGCAGGAGUAGGGAGUCUUUUACAAGACUGGAGACAACUGCAUGUAGCUUC